AUGGACUUCGUCGUGCCCAAGCUGCGCGCGCUCGUGCCGCGCCUCGCCGCCGUCGUCGGCUGCACGGCCGCCGGCGUCAUCGGCCACACCGCCACGGGCGACGUCGCCGAGGUGGAGGGCGCCCCCGGCGUCAGCGUCACCCUCGCCAGACUCCCCGGUAUUCACGUCAAGACCUUUCACGUCAUGCCCGACGACAUCCCCAGCUCGGACACAUCGCAGGACGAGUGGCAGCGCCUCGUUGGCAACCCCCAGGGCGCUAAUACCACCCACCCCCCCGCCUUUAUGAUCUUUUCAGGCACCAGUUUUGCCGAGAAGGGCGAGUUGGAUCGCUUCUUGUCGGGCUUGGAAUAUGCCUAUCCGGGCUCGUCGGUUGUUGGGUCCUUGGCUAGUACGGCUGCGGGUAAUGCCCAAGGGCACUUGUACUGCACUUUGCCCCGCGAUGUGCUUUCAGCGGAGAGCAAAUCCAUGAGGGAUUCGGGGCUCGUGGGAAUUUCAUUGACGGGCGAUGUCCAGCUGGAUUGCUUGGUGUCGCCGGGCUGCCGGCCCAUCGGGCCGGUGUUUGAGGUCCGCAAGGUCGUUGAGGGCAACGUCUUGGCGGAGAUGGAGCUCGUGGGACGCCCGUCUACUUCUCUUUCGGCCGUCGGGCAUUUGAAGAGUGUCAUUUCGUACGCGACGCCAGAGGAGAAGAGACUCAUGCAGGAGGAGAUGCUUGUGGGCAUUGCGGUAGACACGAUUGGAGGAGCUGGGGACGACGGCGACGACGAUUACCUUAUUCGACAUGUAGUUGGGACGGACAUGGUGGUAGGCGGCAUUACUGUUACGACUAAGAUACGCCCCGGGCAGCGUGUACGGUUUUUCAUCAAGGAAAUGGAGGCCGCACGGCGAAAGCUUGAUGCGACGAUGCAAAAAUAUAAGCGCAUCGAGCUGGCUAAUAGCUUAGUUGGAUAUAGCAACCCGCCAUUUGGCGCAAUGGUAUUUGUGGACUCUAGACGUGGACGGGCGUUGUUCCGCGAGCCCUUGAUGGAAACGAAGAUUCUUACUUCGUUCGCGCCUGGCGUGCCUGUCGCUGGCUUUUUCGGUGGGGGGCAAGUGGGACCAUGUCAUUCCGGAGAGAACGCGCUUAACACCCCAUCGGUUUUGCACACUGGCUGUAAUCUCAUCGCGCUUGUCAGGAGAAGAAGUGGGAUGAACCCUGUAGACCCGGUAGAUAGUCCCUCGACCUCAAAUGUAGAUCUUGGAAGCGAUGGUUCAAAGGAAUAG